CCUGCCCUACCAACUAAACCAAAAUGUACUCCACACUAAUGACAUCAGCGGCAGCCUACCAAAAUGUGGCCCUGGUGCUGCUAUUGCUGUGCAUCGUCACCAGUCCGACCGAGAGCCGAUUCCGGGAGAAAGAAUCGAAAAAAACAAAAUCCGCCCAACCGAACCUCAUUCCGGGCAGCAACGUCGGGAUGCCCCUGAUGAAUCUUUGCUCGGGCGAUCGUGAGAUGAAGCUGGUCUGUCACUGCAGUCCGGACGAUCCGCACGUUAAGGCACAGAAAGCCAACUGUUGGAUCUUCGGUAAGGAUCUACCCCGGAAGGAUGCCAACUGGUUGGCGUUCCAGACGCAAACGACGCUGGAGCAGUUGAAGAUCACCGUGCAGAAAAUCGGAAAUCUUACCUACAUCCCGUCGGAUGUGAUAGUGACGCUAAAGUAUCUCAAACAGUUGACUAUUGAGUACGGAAUGAUUCCGGAUCUGCUGAAUUACGCGUUCGGAAAUCUAACUGAUUUAAGAAACAUCACGUUGCACAAGAAUCAGAUUCGAAUUGUUCAUCCUUUCGCGUUCGCCAAUCAUCCCGAAGAGAUUAGCCUGGAACGAAACGAGAUAAUCGAACUGGACAAAGAAGCGCUGGUGCGUUUGCCACAGCUGAAAAGACUAAAUUUGGAUUUCAAUAAUCUAACAAUGCUGCACGAUGACGUGUUUGUCGAUCUGACUAGUUUAGACGAGCUGAAGCUGGAAUCGAAUCAACUUUCUGUCCUAACGCGCGAGAUAUUCAAAGGCCUUGGAAAUCUACGUUUCCUUAAACUGACAGCCAACAGUAUCAGUUACAUUGGCGAUACGGUUUUUGCCGAGCUGUGGAGCCUGCAUGAGCUGGAUCUGGACAGUAAUCACAUUGAGAAACUGUCGGCACGCGCGUUCGAUGGUUUGAACAACCUGCGGCGACUAAAUCUCGAGAACAAUCGUCUGACUCGGCUGGAGAGGGGCAUCUUCACUGGAGUGCCGGCAGUCCUGUCGCUUAAUCUCAACUCCAAUCAGCUGGAAACAAUCACCUACAACAACUUUCUGCCCCUGAUGGAUAACCUGGUCAACAGUACAGCCGUCCUACACCUGAAAGGUCAACUUCGGUCGGGCAAACGUCGAUUUUUGACUGUUCCACCUAGCAGUGAUAACUUUGGCAAUGAGAAUACGCCCAAAAGCGCACCCCUGUGUAACUUUGCAGAAACACAUCCAGCUAAGUCCAAUGCAAUUGUGAAGCGAGAGCGAACAGUCAUCAUUAAACCAAUCGAGCAGCAAGUUGCGACUGUUACAAAGCAGGAAAUUCAAGGCAAGCUUGACCCAGUUUCAUUGCGUGUUAAAGAGGUAUAUUACCGACCCAAUGGAGAAGCAACUGUUAGAUGUGACUCCCGUGAAUCAGCGCUUAAAUUGCUCAGUACAGUGAAAGCGAACCUGUCUGAGAAGUAUAACGCCGACGUCCAGAAAGCUCUAAAACCCAGAGUAAAAGUUGCUGGUUUUACUGACGACAUCACUGCGGAAAACUUCGUGGAAAAACUAAUUCAGCAAAAUAAUUUUCCUCAGCCUGCCAACCUGACGGUGAUACGAAUUGUGCGAAACGAAAAACACACAGAUAAUCCGAUGUCAACCUGGGUUGGAUGCGCUGCAAGAUCUCUGAAUGUGUAA